AUGGCGUGUUCUCCAAAACUUCGUCGUCCGGCGAACUCCGGGACCAAUAAUUUGCCGCCGAUUUUAUUUCAUUCAAUACACGGAGAGAAUGUGCGGCUGUCGGCCGACUCGACGGUCGCUCAACGGAACGACAGCUUCUGUAAAGGCAUUUGUUUCAGUAAUCGCGCCAUUCGUGUGAACGAAAAGGUUUGCAUCAAAUUCACGGACAUCUCUCAGAGUUGGAGCGGAGCCAUCCGUUUCGGGUUCACUUCCAACGAUCCCAUCAACUAUUGUCGUUCAUCGCUCCCGAAGUACGCCUGUCCUGACCUCACGAAUAAACCCGGAAAUUGGGCCAAAGCUUUGGGCGAGAGGUUUGCGGUGAGAGAUUACGUGCUCUUCUUUUACGUUAGUGAGACGGGAGACGUUCACUACGGCAUCAACGGUGAGGAUCGCGGCGUCUUCUUCAGCGGUGUCUCCACUAAUUGUCCGCUUUGGGCACUGAUUGACAUUUACGGCAAUACUGUUGGCAUCGAAUCCGUUGAUCCGCGACAACAGGUCGUCAACUGUCGCCGCAAUAGCUCUGAAGUGGAGAACAUUAUUCCAAGUCUUUCCACGAUUGACAUCAACCGAGAAAAUAGAGAACCACUGCCGCAAGUCUAUAGGGAUGCGAACUUUCAGUCCUUACCAUUCAAUAAGACGAAGGGCUGUAAUAUUCGCCUUUCAAAUGACAGAUGUAUUGCUGAGCGAAACAAUAGCCACUAUUGUCAGGGAUAUGUCUUCGCAGAGCGUCCCUUACGUUUGGGUCAAAAGCUUGUGCUCCAAGUUUUACAAACCGAUGAAUUAUAUGCCGGAAGCCUUGCUUUUGGACUCACGACUUGCGAUCCGUCGACUAUUAAUAGCAAUGAUUUGCCCGAAGAUCCGCACCAACUGUUGGAUAGAUCUGAGUAUUGGGUUGUAAUUAAAGACGUGGCGAACGCACCGCAAGCCGGCGAUGAACUGGCCUUUAAGAUGACAGAGAGCGGUGAAGUCCAGAUGACUAAGAAUCGUCAACCCGUCCAGACUUUAAUGCACGUCGACUCCACUCAACGAAUGUGGCCUUUCUUUGAUCUCUACGGCAGUACUAUUAAAGUGAAAGUUUUAGGCACUUCUGAUAACGAAACGCCUGAAAAUGUUCGCAAUUCUGCACAAGUGAUGAACUCCCGGAAUAGCCAACAAACGUCUCGUCCCAUUACUACACAAAAUAAUGGUUUGACUGUAAGACUGACCCCAAACUCGUCGAGUUCUCCCAAACUGAACAACACUGCCAACAGUAACUCCGAGCCGUUGAAUGCAAUCGGAAAUGAGUGCAAUGUUUGCUACGAACAGCCCAUUAAUAGCGUACUAUACAUGUGCGGACACGUGUGUAUGUGUUACGAAUGUGCGGUCAAGCAAUGGCGAGGACCGGGACAGUGCCCUAUAUGUCGAGCCGUCAUUCGAGAUGUGAUUCGCACAUUAGCCGGUACCUAUAUAAGCCGCGGCGUAUCUGUGGUUAGAGUCAAUACAAACCAAUUCGGUCGGGCGUUAGUGUGUGGCCAGCGGUCGGCCCCACAAAUCGCACGCCAUUUGUCACAACAGGCGUCGGAACCGCUAUCUCAAGACGAAUCCAAAUUGAAGUGUACUUUGAUUCCCGGCGAUGGCGUCGGACCAGAACUGAUGGCUUCGGUUAAAGAGGUGUUCGGUGCCAUUGGUGUCCCCAUCGAGUUUGAAGAGCUGUUCCUAAGUGAGAUCUAUCCGUCACUGUCUGUAACCGUGGAUGCGGUGAUCGACUCAUUACAGCGCAAUGGUAUCGCAUUGAAGGGUAUUUUGUCGACACCUUUCAGUUCCACUGCCGGAGAACUGCAGUCUCUGAAUAUGAAGAUUAGGAGACAAUUGGAUUUGUUUGCAAAUGUGGUUCACAUCAAGAGUUUCCCGGGAAUUAAGUCCCGUUACGAGAAUUUGGAUUUCUUUGUGAUUCGGGAACAAACUGAAGGUGAAUACAGUGCUCUCGAACACGAGUCGGUUCCCGGAGUUAUUGAAUGUCUUAAAAUCGUAACCGAAGAGAAGUCGAAACGAAUCGCAAAAUUCGCUUUCGAUUACGCGACUAAACAUAACCGGAAGAAAGUAACGGUCGUUCAUAAGGCAAAUAUCAUGAAAUUAGGCGAUGGACUCUUCCUCAACACAUGCAAAGACAUCUCCCAAAUGUAUCCAAACAUUGAAUUCGAGCAAAUGAUUAUCGACAACACAUGCAUGCAAUUGGUCUCACAUCCAAACCGCUUCGAUGUUAUGGUAAUGCCUAACCUCUACGGGAAUAUAAUUGACAAUUUGGCGUCAGGUCUAGUGGGCGGCGCGGGUAUGGUUCCCGGCGCGAGCUAUAGUGAGGACUGUGUUCUCUACGAACCGGGAGCUCGUCAUACGUUUGGUGAGGCGGUCGGCAAGAAUAUAGCGAACCCGACGGCUAUGUUGUUGUGUUCGGUGAAAAUGCUAAGACAUGUGAAUCUCCACGAAUACGCCAAUCAAAUACAGGCCGCUCUCGAAAAAGUAAUCGCAUCCGGAAAAGUGCGGACAAGAGAUUUGGGCGGUUAUGCCUCUAAUACUGAUUUCACUCACGCAGUGAUCGCUAUAAUUAAAUAUGUGUUUGAGUUUGUGUUAACAUUUAGUGGAUUGAUUGGCGCCAAAGUGCGUUCACACCUUAAGUCCUUCGGCCGAAAUGGCAGAACAGGGCUGUAUUUGCCACGUCCUGUCCCUUAUAGCCAUCAAAUGCAGUCCCUCUGCGAGUUCACUGGCGGGCGAGGCGUUGAAGAGGUCCUGUUUGUUAGCGUAGACCAGUAUAGGGACGCCAAUCAGUUUCUCUUCGCUCAAUAG